AUAUAAAAUGUUUUGCAACGACAACACGUAAAAUUUAAGUAAUGCAAUAGAAAAAAAAACCUCAAACGUUUUUGGAUUUCAGCACUAGAUUUCAUCAUCUACCGUAGAAUCUGAGCAAAGAUGUCCAACCAGCAAGAACAUUCUUCCGAGGAAUUGGAGCAGACUGAAGAGGGGUUAGACUACAGCCGGCUUACGCCCUACGAUGUGUUGCGUAUGCAGAACUGCAAAUCAGCCCGAUUUGUGAAUAGAGAAACAUAUCCCAGUAUCAGGCCGCCAGUGUCCAGGUGUAGCAAUGAGCAGACGAAGAUAUGGUUAGCUGACGCUGUCCAGUAUAUUGGCUGCGAGCGGCCUUUUCGCUCGGAGAAGGAAGAUAGCAUCCUAGAGAUGUGGAAGCACUCCCCAAACAAGCACACGCUCAGCUGCUAUGGCUUGGCCUCAGAUAUCUAUCAGCCAGAUGCAAUCAUUUUUAAUCAGGCUCUUACCAAAUGCCUUGAUAAGGUCAACGGUGUAGAGCCAAAGUGCAAGAAGUCAAAGAAGACACCUAAGAAACCCAUGAAACAACCCAAGCCAAAAGGAGCCUAUGUGCUCAAUCGUAGCGUGCUGAAGUGCACCAUCAAUAGUAUGCCUACUGUAAUGAGAAAGACAAAUGCAAGCAGUGCCAACACCGUGCUUUACUGUCCCGAGCCAGCAGACCCAGAGAAUCCCUUCACCGAAGAUGAGCCAUUCAUUCCUCUACAACGCGCACUCGACAUGGAAAAGCCAGUUAAGAAACCCAAGCAUGGACUUAGGCGAAAGCACAAGUACUGCGAAUUGCAAUGUGGUAUUGCCGAGAAUAAAUGCACGGCCUACGAAUGGAUGAAGUACAAGCAAGAUCCCCUGCCGUACGAAGUGGCAUUUGAGAUGGAGCUGGCCGAGAUGGAGGAUGUAAAAGAACCCGAGCCGAAAAACUUUGACGAGCUUUACUCGCAGCUGGUCUCCUGCUUCGAGAAGAACCAAUACGAAAUUCCCGCCUGCGAAGUAUAUGGAAAAUGCUGCAGGCGCCCCUCGGAUCGCAGGGUCAUUCAGGGUUGCGGCGAAGAUAAAUUAUUUGGACCUUGUGGAUGCAAUUGCGUCGGGAACUUGGUGAAUUAACUAGAUGAAGAAACAAACAUUUGGCAUACGCACCUUUGGCUUUUUGGCAUAUUGUCCGGUGCGCACAUCGCGUAUUGUGGCAAUAUCCAGUAUGUCGAGCUCAUUGUUUUGAUCGACCCAAUAUAGAAAAAAUCCUUUGGCAUCUACGCGCAUCGUCACCGGCGUACCACUGCCCGAAUCCUGCAAUGGAAAAUCGAUGAAAAAACAUAUGUCUUAGUGCAAGAUCUGUGUAUGAGGUUUUUUUGUAGUAAUAAAAAUGAAAUUC